UUCAUUAUUCUUAGCCAAUAUGGGUCACAACAAGGGGCUGAGGUGGCAGAGCUGGCUCUGUGUCACCCCCACCCUGGAUGACUUUGGAUCAGUUCACUUGCUGGGCACUGUGCCAGCUGGAGAGGCUGGUGCAUCUUUAAUGAAGUCACCAGAUCCCUGGGACAGGCUCUCUGUCUCACCAAGUUUCUAAAGCCAGACCCAUUGGGUGCCCACCGAGCCUCUCACUGCCUUCCUGUGCCUGGGUGCCAGACCCAUUUCCCCUGCAACUAUGAACCAGACCUUCUGGAAAACCUACAAAUCCAAAGUGCUACAGACCCUGAGCGGGGAAUCUGAGGAGGACCUGACAGAGGAGAAGGAGAACCCAGCCUUAGUGGAGCCUGAGACAGCAGAGCCGACCCCAGAGGCCUUGAAUCCCAUGUCACAGCUGGCCCGCCGGGUUCAGGGGGUCGGGGUGAAAGGCUGGCUGACAAUGUCGUCUCUGUUUAACAAAGAAGAUGAGGACAAGCUGCUGCCACCGGAACCCUGUGCUGACCACCCACUAGCUGCACCGCCCUCAUCCCAAGCAGCGGUGGCGGAGGCAGAGGCAGAGGCGGAGCCGCGCGGGCCAGGAUUCUGGGAUGCAUUUGCCAGCAGGUGGCAGCAGCAGCAGGCCGCCGCGGCGUCUGUGCUGCGCAGCGUGGAACCCACCCCAGAGCAGGUCCCCGAAGCCGGGGAAGAGGCCACGGAGGAGGCCGCCCAGCGCGUGGAGCCACAGGAGGCCGACACGGCUGCUGACUUCAAGUGGGGCUUCCUCACUCACAAACUGGCUGAGAUGAGGUUGAAGGUUGCGCCCAAAGGGGACUAGCCAGACGGCCGAACUGGGCGCCCACUCCUCCCCACCAACAUAA